UAGGAUUUGUUGCUGUGGACGGUGAGACGGGGAUUUGAGCGGCCAUUGAGGGCGACCAGGGCACCCCCCCCCCCAUCAGCUCGGUGUGCGGGCUGAGCUUCGAUGGAGGACCACAUGACGGGGCGCAACAAGGAGAAGUGUUAUAAGUGCAACGUGUGUGGCAAGGCCUGGCAGUACCUGAGCAAACUGGAGGCCCACCGGCGGGUGCACACGGGAGAACGCCCCUUCGACUGCUCGGAGUGCGGCAAGAGCUUCAUGACGGCUCCGGUCCUGAAGAUCCACCAGCAGUUGCACACGGGCGAGAAGCCCUAUGUCCUGCUCCACAUGCGGCAAGAGCUUUGCCUGGUUGUCGGGGCUGCGGGCUCACCGGCCGGUGCACAGCAGUGAGCGGCCCUUCACCUGCUCCGACUGCGGCAAAGGCUUCAAGUCGUCCAUAAACUUGAAGCAUCACAGGCACCUGCACACCGGGGAGCGGCCCUACACCUGUAGCAACUGCGGCAAGGGCUUCGCCAGCUCCAGGAAGCUGGAAGAGCACCAACGCACCCACACCGGCGAGCGCCCCUUUACCUGCGCCCAGUGCGGCAAGGGCUUCACCAGCUCCGGUAACCUGCAGUCCCACCAGCGGGUGCACUCCGACAAGAGGCCCUUUGUCUGCUCCGACUGCGGCAAGGACUUCAAGUGGGGGAACGAUCUGAAGAUCCACCAGGAGUUGCACACGGGGGAGGCACCCUAUGACUGCUCCACCUGUGGCAAGAGCUUUGCCCGGUUGUCGAAGCUACGGCGGCAUCAGCAGGUGCACAGCGGUGAGCGGCCCUUCACCUGCCCCGACUGCGGCAAAAGAUUCAAGACGUCUAUGACCCUAAAGCAGCACCGGCGUUUGCACAGCAGUGAGCGGCCCUACACCUGCAGCGACUGUGGCGAGGGCUUCAUCGACUCCAGCAAGCUGGUGGUGCACCAGUGCGCCCACACCGGCGAACACCCCUUCACCUGCACCGAGUGCGGCAAGGGCUUCACCCAGUCCAGCUGCCUGCUGGUGCACCAGCGCACCCACACCGGCGAGCGCCCCUUCACCUGCACCCAGUGCGGCAAAUGCUUCGCCUCCUCCAGCAGCCUGAUGAGGCACCAGCGCACCCACUCCGGCGAGCGUCCCUACAUCUGCACCCAGUGCGGCAAGUGCUUCGCCCGCUCCAACGGCCUGCUGUACCACCAGCGCACUCACACCGGCGAGCGCCCCUAUACCUGCACCCAGUGCGGCAAGGGCUUCAGCGACUCCAGCCACCUGCUGAGGCACCAGCGUACCCACACCGGCGAUCGCCCCUUCACCUGCGCCCAGUACGGCAAGGACUCUGCCAGCCUGCUGUACCACCAGCGGGUGCAAGACUGCUAGCGUCCAGUCCUCAGCCUGGUAAGUGGAGAGAGCUUUGCCAUGGCCUCCCAUGCCCUGUCUCACCAGCACAUGCACACCAGUGGCCAGCCCUACGACUGCCAGAACUGUGGUGAGGCAUAUGACAGCUCGCAGAGUUUGCAGCAGCACCAGCGGACCCACGCCCCACUGUUUCAAGAGGGCACAAAGGCUGCAGGAGCACCAGCGAAUACACAGACCAUGAUGGAGAAGGUGAGGACACACUCUACGAUGGCCGUAUAAAACUAGACCAUUGCCUGUGCCAGAUUGUGUUAUCUCAGCUGCCGCAGGAAGUACAACGUCUGUUGGGCCUUUUUGACUGUGUAGUUGAUUGUGCCCCCCCUCAUUGAUCUAUCGAACACUGAUCUAUUCUACAUUUUCCCUGAUCUCCGUUCCCCUUGCCCUGUUUUCACUCCUUACACUUCCUCAUUUUUCUAUCUCCCAUCAGACUGAAGGUGUAACCAUUUAACCAUAUAACCAUAUAAGAAUUACAGCAUGGAAACAGGCCAUCUCGGCCCUUCUAGUCCGUGCCAAACACUUAUUCUCCCCGUCCCAUCUUCCUGCACUCAGACCAUAACCCUCCAUUCCUUUCCCGUCCAUAUACCUAUCCAAUUUAUUUUAAAAUUAUAAAAUCGAACCUGUCUCCACCACUUCCACUGGAAGCUCAUUCCACACAGCUACCACUCUCUGAGUAAAGACGUUUUCCCUAUGUUACCCUUAAACUUCUGUUACCCUUAAUUCUCGUCAUGUCCCCUUGUUUGAAUCUUCCCUACUCUCAAUGGGAAAAGCUUAUCCACGUCAACUCUGUCUAUCCCUCUCAUCAUUUUAAAGAUCUCUAUCAAGUCCCCCCUUAACCUUCUGCGCUCCAAAGAACAAAGACCUAACUUGUUCAACCUUUCUCUGCAACGUAGUUGCUGAAACCCAGGCAACAUUCUUGUAAAUCUCCUCUGUACUCUCUCUAUUUUGUUGACAUCCUUCCUAUAAUUAGGCGACAUAAAUUGUACACCGUACUGCAGAAUUGGCCUCACCAAUGCCUUGUACAAUUUUAACAUUACAUCCCAACUUCUAUACUCAUUUAUAAAGGCCAGCACACCAAAAGCUUUCUUUUCCACCCUAUCUACAUGAGAUUCCACCUUCAGGGAACUGUGCACAGUUAUUCCUAGAUCCCUCUGUUCAACUGCAUUCCUCAACUCACUACCAUUUACCAUGUACGUCCUAUUUUUGAUUUGUCCUGCCAAGAUGUAGCACCUCACACUUAUCAGCAUUAAACUCCAUCUGCAAUCUCUCAGCCCACUCUUCCAAAUGGCCUAAAUCUCUACCUCAUUAUCCUGAAUUUUCCAGAACAAUGGGUCACAGUUUAAGGAUAAGGGGGAAAUCUUUUGGGACCGAGAUGAGGAAAACAUUUUUCACACAGAGAGUGGUGAACCUCCCGAAUUCUCUGCCACAGAAGGUAGUUGAGGCCAGUUCAUUGGCUAUAUUUAAGAGGGAGUUAGAUGUGGCCCUUGUGGCUAAAGGAAUCAGGGGGUAUGGAGAGAAGGCAGGUACAGGAUACUGAGUUGGAUGAUCAGCCAUGAUCAUAUUGAAUGGCGGUGCAGGCUUGAAGGCCGAAUGGCCUACCCACCUAUUUUCUAUGUUUUUAUCCACAACACCACCUAUCUUAGUAUCAUCUGCAUACUUACUAAUCCAAUUUACCACACCAUCAUCCAGAUCAUCGAUUUACAUGACAAACAACAGUGGACCCAACACAGAUCCCUGUGGCACCCCACUAGUCACCGGCCUCCAACCUGACAAACAGCCAUCCACCAUUACUCUCUGGCAUCUCCCAUUCAGCCACUGUUGAAUCCAUCCUGCUACUCCACCAUUAAUACCCAACAUUUGAAACUUCUUAACCAACCUUCCAUGAGGAACCUUGUCAAAGGCCUUACUGAAGUCCAUAUAGAUAACAUCCACUGCUUUACCCUCAUCAAUUUCCCGAGUAAGAAAGAGAUUAGUUAAAACAAAUGUAGGUCCCUUGCAGUCAGAAACAGGUGAGUUGAUCAUGGGGAACCAGGAUAUGGUGGACCAAUUGAAUAACUACUUUGGUUCCGUCUUCACUAAGGAAGACAUAAAUGAUCUGCCGGAAAUAGCAGGGGCCCACGGGUCAAAGGAGGUGGAGGAAUUGAGUGAAAUCCAGGUUAGUCGGGAAGUGGUGUUGAGUAAAUUGAAUGGAUUAAAGGCCGAUAAAUCCCCAGGGCCAGAUAGGCUGCAUCCCAGAGUACUUAAGGAAGUAGCUUCAGAAAUAGUGGAUGCAUUAGUAAUAAUCUUUCAAAACUCUUUAGAUUCUGGAGUAGUUCCAGAGGAUUGGCGGGUAGCAAACGUAACUCCACUUUUUAAGAAGGGAGGGAGAGAGAAAACGGGGAAUUACAGACCAGUUAGUCUAACAUCGGUAGUGGGGAAACUGCUAGAGUCAGUUAUUAAAGAUGGGAUAGCAGCACAUUUGGAAAGUGGUGAAAUCAUUGGACAAAGUCAGCAUGGAUUUACGAAAGGUAAAUCAUGUCUGACGAAUCUUAUAGAAUUUUUCGAGGAUGUAACUAGUAGCGUGGAUAGGGGAGAACCAGUGGAUGUGGUGUAUCUGGACUUCCAGAAGGCUUUCGACAAGGUCCCACAUAAGAGAUUAGUAUACAAACUUAAAGCACAUGGCAUUGGGGGUUCAGUAUUAAUGUGGAUAGAGAACUGGCUGGCAAACAGGAAGCAAAGAGUAGGAGUAAACGGGUCCUUUUCACAAUGGCAGGCAGUGACUAGUGGGGUACCGCAAGGCUCAGUACUGGGACCCCAGCUAUUUACAAUAUAUAUUAAUGAUCUGGAUGAGGGAAUUGAAGGCAAUAUCUCCAAGUUUGCGGAUGACACUAAGCUGGGGGGCAGUGUUAGGUGUGAGGAGGAUGCUAGGAGACUGCAAGGUGACUUGGAUAGGCUGGGUGAGUGGGCAAAUGUUUGGCAGAUGCAGUAUAAUGUGGAUAAAUGUGAGGUUAUCCAUUUUGGUGGCAAAAACGGGAAAGCAGAUUAUUAUCUAAAUGGUGGCCGAUUGGGAAAGGGGGAGAUACAGCGAGACCUGGGUGUCAUGGUACACCAGUCAUUGAAGGUAGGCAUGCAGGUGCAGCAGGCAGUAAAGAAAGCAAAUGGUAUGUUGGCUUUCAUAGCAAGAGGAUUUGAGUAUAGGAGCAGGGAGGUUCUACUGCAGUUGUACAGGGUCUUGGUGAGACCACACCUGGAGUAUUGCGUGCAGUUUUGGUCUCCAAAUCUGAGGAAGGAUAUUAUUGCCAUAGAGGGAGUGCAGAGAAGGUUCACCAGACUGAUUCCUGGGUUGUCAGGACUGUCUUAUGAAGAAAGACUGGAUAGACUUGGUUUAUACUCUCUAGAAUUUAGGAGAUUGAGAGGGGAUCUUAUAGAAACUUACAAAAUUCUUAAGGGGUUGGACAGGCUAGAUGCAGGAAGAUUGUUCCCGAUGUUGGGGAAGUCCAGGAGAAGGGGUCACAGCUUAAGGAUAAGGGGGAAAUCCUUUAGAACCGAGAUGAGGAGAACUUUUUUCACACAGAGAGUGGUGAAUCUCUGGAACUCUCUGCCACAGAGGGUAGUUGAGGCCAGUUCAUUGGCUAUAUUUAAGAGGGAGUUAGAUGUGGCCCUUGUGGCCAAGGGGAUCAGAGGGUAUGGAGAGAAGGCAGGUACGGGAUACUGAGUUGGAUGAUCAGCCAUGAUCAUAUUGAAUGGCGGUGCAGGCUCGAAGGGCCGAAUGGCCUACUCCUGCACCUAAUUUCUAUGUUUCUAUGUUUCUAUGUAACCUCUUCAAAAAAUUCAAGAAGAGUAGUCAAACAUGGCCUUCCAGGCACAAAUCCAUGUUGACUGUUCCUAAUCAGACCCUGUUUAUCCAGAUGCUUAUAUAUAUUAUCUCUAAGUAUCCUUUCCAUUAACUAACAUGUCUAUAAUUGCUAGGUUUACUCUUAGAACCAUUUUUAAACAAUGGAACAACAUGCGCAGUACGCCAAUCCUCCGGCACUAUUCCCGUUUCUAAUGACAUUUGAAAUAUUUCUGUCAUAGCCCCUGCUAUUUCUACACUAACUCCCCUCAAUAUCCUAGGGAAUAUCCUGUCAGUACCUGGAGACUUAUCCACUUUUAUAUUUUUCAAAAGUGUCAGUACUUCCUCUUCUUUGAAUCUCAUAGUUUCCAUAGCUUGUUUCCCUUACCUCACAUAAUUCAAUAUCCUCCUUGGUGAAUAAAUUGAAGAAAAUAAAUUGUUCAAUAUCUCCCCCAUCUCUUUUGGCUCUGCAGAUAGCUGUCCACUCUGACUCUCUAAUGGAACAAUUUUAUCCCUCGUUAUCCUUUUGCUAUUAAUGUAGAUGUAGAAACCCUUUGGAUUUAUUUUCACCUUACUUGCCAAAGCAACCUCAUAUCUUCUUUUAGUUUUUCUAAUUUAUUUCUUAAGAUUCUUUUUACAUUCUUUAUACUCCUCAAAAACAUCAUUUACUCCAUGCUGCCUAUAAUUAUCGUAGAUCUCUCUCUUUUUCCGAACCAAGUGUCCAAUUUCCCUUGAAAAUCAUGGCUCUUUCCAUUUUUUACUAUUUCCUUUCAUCCGACCAGGGACAUAAAGAUUCUGUACUGUUAAAAUUUCACCUUUAAAUGUCCUCCAUUUCUCUUCCACAUCCUUCCCAUAAAACAAAAUGUCCCAAUUCACUCCUUUUAAAUCCUUCCGCAUCUCCUCAAAGUUAGCUUUUCUCCAAUCAAAAAUCUCAACACUAGGUCCAGUUCUGACCAUGUCCAUAAUUAUAUUGAAACUAAUGGUAUUGUGAUCACUGGACCUGAAGUGGUCCCCAACAUAUACCUCCGCCACCUGACCUGUCUCAUUUCCUCACAGGAGGUCCAGCACUGCCCCUUCUCUAGUAGGUACCUCAAUGUAUUGCUGCAAAAACCUAUCCUGCACACAUUUUACAAACUGCAAACCAUCCAGCCCAUGUGUUUCCCAGUCUAUGUGUGGAAAAUUGAAAUCUCCCACAAUCACUACCUUGUGCUUACUACUAAUAUCUGCGAUCUCCUUAUAUAUUGGCUCUUCCAAUUCUCUCUCCCCAUUAGGCGGUUUAUAAUACACCCCUAUAAGUCUUGCUACACCUUUCCCAUUUCUCAGCUCCACCCAAAUAGCCUCCAUAGACGAGCUCUCUAAUCUAUCCUGUAAUAUCUUCCCUGACUAGCAAUGCAACACCUCCACCUCUUGCCCCUCCAAUUCUAUCACACCUGAAGCAACGCAAUCCUGGAAUAUUUAGUUUCCAAUCACAGCCCUCCUGCAACCAUGUAUCACUGAUCGCCACAACAUCAUACUUCCAGGUGUCAAUCAGGCUCUAACCUCAUCCACCUUUCUUACAAUGUUCCUAACAUUAAAAUGUACACAUUUAAGAAACCCACCCCCUCUUAUUCUCUGUUUAUUAUCUUUUUCUUAUUUCUCCCCUACAUGUAGGGGAUUUCACUUAACUCGGUUCACACAUUUCACUUAACUCAGUAUGUUAUAACUAUAACCAUUUACCUUUACAUGUUAUUUGCCUGUAAUGUGUGUGUGCUGCAGUCUUCAAAGGAACAUCACUUAACUGUCACCAAUGUGUUAGUAAAUUAAUAAAUGCGGAUCAAACA